ACUACGUUAGCUCGUUUUUAUUGAAUCAUAUAAAGACCCCAUCAAAUCCGUCUAUUUCCUGACAUGUGCAAUCAGGCACCACAGCUCUCUACGAUGACCUCUCACGAGAGAUCAACAUGCACACAACACAGAGCUCUCUCUAAACUUCCACCAAGUAUUAACAACAUUGGAUCUCUCCAGCCUCUCUCAAAAGUCCCUCCUCUGUAGUACAUCAUGUCUUCCGAGUCGCGCCUCUAUACCUUCUCGACCGAGACGAAAGAUCAACUCCGCAAGUUCCGCCUAGGCACAUCACGCUCCAACCAGCCUCAAGCCAGAAUCUAUCAAAUCGACAAGAAAAACAUGGAGAUCCGCCAAGUCGACGACGAAGUCUACACCAAAAUCCCCGACAUCGUCGACGAGCUCCCCGAUAACACGCCGCGAUACAUCCUCCUCAGCUACCCCCUGACAUUGGCAUCCGGUCGGCUCUCCGUACCCUACGUCAUGGUCAACUACCUCCCGCCGACGUGCUCGAGCGAGAUGCGCAUGCUUUACGCCGGCGCCAAGGAGUUGAUGAGGAAUACCUCCGAGGCGGGGAGGAUCAUCGAGAUCGAUUCGCCAGAGGAUCUUGAGAGCAUCGAGGAGAAAUUGAAGGAGUGAGCAAAAGUCUCACACUGGACCAUGAUUUGUUUGUGAGAGCGUGGAGGGGAUAGGAGGUGGUGGUGAGAGUGGUGGUGGUGGGCGUUGAGAAGGGAA